CAAGCAGACAUACUAAAAGAGAGGUUACCUCGUGUAUUUAUAAUUUAUAUAUUUUUCAAGAUUUCUGAUCAAAAGAUACAUUGAUUUUAAAUUAAUUAAGUAAAAUUUUGAACGUAUUGUUGUAAUUUUCAUAGAAGUUAGUUAUAAUGUCGAUCGGAGUGCCUAUAAAAGUACUUCACGAAGCGGAAGGUCAUACCGUAACCUGUGAAACAAAUACCGGCGAAGUAUAUCGUGGUAAAUUGAUAGAAGCCGAAGACAAUAUGAAUUGUCAAAUGCAAAAUAUCACGGUAACUUAUAGGGAUGGUCGGGAGGCGCAGUUAGAAAAUGUUUAUAUUAGAGGCUCAAAAAUUAGAUUUCUGAUAUUACCAGAUAUGUUGAAGAAUGCACCAAUGUUUAAGCGCCCGGGAGGGAAAGGCUCGGGUACUGCAGGCAGAGGAAAAUCUGCUAUUUUACGUGCCCAAGCUCGUGGAAGAGGUAGAGGUCAAAAUCAAAGAGGUAGAGGUACAGGUUCUGCACCUUGGCUUAAUCAACAGAAUCAACCUGGAGGAUCUCAAGCAGGAAGAGGUCGAGGUUAAAUUAUAA